AUGGAAAUGAGCAGCGUAUUAAACAAUCAAGAUUCAGAGUUUUCAGCAUUAAUAACUCCUAUAAAAUCACAUCUACGACCAACUAUAAAAAUAAGCAGCAAUCGAAGAUAUAAAUCAUUUACAGACCCCUCUAGGAUUUUAAGUUUAAGCUCCGGUAAAGGGAAGCAUCACAAUGAUUCACUAAUCAGUGAAUUAUCAAAAAAGCAUCGUGAAAAAUCAUUUAAUUCAUCUAUGAUACCUAUAAAAACUGGGUUUUUCCCAUCGAUUACUAUCAAAGAAAGCGAAAGUUUAAUUUUAGACGCUAAAACUCCUACAUUUAUGGGCAAUGGAUACCAAACGCCUUUUAAUGUUACCUUUAGACCACUUGAAAGGUGGACUGUAGAUCAACCCAAAAAGGUUAGAAGGUUUCCAAGAGAAAUUUUUGGACAAAUAAAAAGAAAAAGAUUGUCAAUCUAA